AUGGCAUCCAGCAGUAUAUCCAGGUCGAUUCUUCUAGGUCGGCGCGCGACCCAAUCCUUCUCCUCCUCUUGCUACGCUCCCCAGCAAUUCGGUGCUCUCUUCAGCCUGAACUCCAAGAAGGCGCAGUUUCACCAUUGUAGUAACCUCACCAGAACAUCUUACAAGGCAACAAGUUGGGUUCCUCGUAUUAUGGCUUCCACGUUAGGAGGAAAAGCUACUUUCUCCACACAGUCGUUAUCUACCAAUGAACCUGUUGUUUCUGUUGAUUGGCUCCAUUCCAACCUCAGGGAGCCUGGCAUAAAGGUUCUUGAUGCAUCUUGGUAUAUGCCUGAUGAGCAGAGGAACCCAAUUCAGGAGUAUCAGGUUGCUCAUAUUCCAGGGGCUCUGUUCUUUGAUGUAGAUGGUAUAUCAGAUCAAAAUACAAACUUGCCACACAUGUUGCCAAAGGAGGAAGCUUUUGCAGCUGCUGUUUCUUCUCUAGGAAUUGAAAAUAAAGACGGAGUGGUUGUAUAUGAUGGGAAGGGGAUUUUCAGUGCAGCUCGUGUCUGGUGGAUGUUCAGAGUUUUUGGACAUGACAAGGUUUGGGUGUUAGAUGGAGGCCUUCCUAGAUGGCGUGCUUCAGGGUAUGAUGUUGAAUCUAGUGCUUCUAGUGAUGCCAUCUUGAAAGCUAGUGCUGCUAGUGAAGCAAUUCAGAAAGUAUAUCGAGGCCAACCUGUAGGGCCAAUAACAUUUGAAACUAAGUUCCUGCCCCAUCUUGUCUGGACUCUUGAGCAGGUUCAGGAGAACAUUGAGAACACGACUUACCAACAAAUAGAUGCCCGUUCAAAACCAAGGUUCGAUGGUGCUGCACCGGAACCACGAAAGGGUGUUCGAAGUGGUCAUGUACCUGGAAGCAAGUGUAUUCCUUUUCCUCAGAUGCUCGACUCAUCACAGACUCUGUUACCAGCAGAGGAGUUAAAGAAACGAUUUGAUGAAGAAGGUCCACUGAUCAAGACUACCUGUUCCUCAUCUACAGGCAUCUCUUUGGAAUCCCCAGUUGUCACCUCAUGUGGAACUGGCGUAACUGCUUGCAUCCUUGCUUUGGGACUGCACCGACUUGGCAAACACGACGUGGCAGUGUACGAUGGGUCUUGGACAGAAUGGGGUGCUCAUCCGGAGACACCUGUUGAGACGUCGUUGUAGGCCCUAAUCCUUGCUGCUGUCCAUGGCACGGUGGUGGCGGGGAAGCUUUGCUAAUUCUGCAACACAUGUAACUGUGACCAACAAUGGUGUAAUCCUAGAAUGGUUGAACAGUGAAUGAAUAGAGUUUUCUGUCUUGUUGUUGCCUGUUUCCUUUCGGGUUGUUACUUGUUAGGCAAGUUGUGUUGCAUCUGACCUGAGCAAUUCCUCAAGUCUCUUAAAAGUCUUUUGACAUUAAAAGUUCUAGGAUCUUUCUUGUUUGAUUCUCCUGAGCUGUGGAAAUAAACGAAAGAGAAACAUGGUGGUAUUGACUAUUGAGUAUCAUAUAAUUGGGUGAUAAAUUGCACAUAUUUUGGUUGAUAUACUUCAUAAUUUGUGAUCUCCGUGAUAUAGAUAGUGAGUUGUGAGAGUUGACCAAAUGCUUGCCAAAUGAAUUGGUAGUAGAUUCUUCUUUCUGAAUUAUCUUAAAUUUAGAGGUUGUAACACAUUUAUGUUAGACAAAGAAGACUGUAAUUAAGU